AUGCAGACUUCCUAUCAUCUCAUCACCUUGGCAUCUGACCCAAGCUCCAAGGACACCCCUGUGAGCGGGGACGAGAAGGGAGACUCCGAGCCCGUCCCGGGCCGAGGUUGCGACAAGGCCAUGCCGCAUUCCUCCCCCCACCCGUCUGUGUCCGCACGCUGGCGCUCUGCUCACCGUUCUCGUGGGAUCCUCCGGGCCCGGCCCCGGGAUCAGGCUCCAGGCUUCCUUCCCAAGUCUUUGUUAGCACGCUCACCGCGCAGCUCACCCGCCAGGGUUUCCUCCCAAUUUCUUUCCGUGGAGACCGAAAGGAAAGACGCCCGUGAAGUUGUCUCGCAGGCGAUAAAGAGACUACACGAGGUGUUUCACAUUGGAGACCUGCCGCAAAACUUGUUCCAUCACAGAGCGCCUCCGCAAUUCAUGCUUGACCUGUUCAACGCCGUGGCGGACUCACACGGUGUUACCAGGGACCCAAAGAUUUUAGAGGGCAACGUUGUGCGAAGUUUCGAAGACAGGGGACAUUCCGAUCGGAUAUUUCAUUUCUUCAAUUUGUCGUCAUUCGACAAAAGCGAGAAGCUCAUCAAAGCUGAAUUCCGCCUGUUUAGACAAAAACAAAAUGUUCUUUCCCGGAAUUCGUAUGGACAUCAUUUUUAUAGACUUGACCUGUACGAGCGGCUGGACAGCAGAGUUGCGCCCUGGAGAGGAAACCUAAUCACGUCACGAUUAUUACCCUUGUACACUCAAGGGUGGGAGGUGUUCAAUGUCACAAAUAUAGUUUCCAAGUGGAUUCACAGGACUGACGCGAAUAAUGGUAUUCUGGCGGUCACGACGAUGCCUUCGGGAAAUAUAGUGGACUCUGAUGUGGCGGGUCUUGAACGAAACAGCAAGAAAAAAGCAUAUCUGGUCAUUUUCUCGGACGACGGGAGGGAAGAAUCAAAGAGAGGUCAUUCACUUAACCAAGGUAAUUCACUGAUAUACAGAAAUGCAAUUUACAGCGCAGCGUCACUGAAGAAGGUGUAUAAGAGCAGGAGAACCCGCGCAGCCCCCUCUUACUCCGACGGCCAUCCCAUUUCAUGCCAAAGGCUGCCUCUCUACGUGGAUUUCGAGAGAAUCGGCUGGUCCGGGUGGAUAAUCUCUCCCCGGGGCUACAAUGCGUACCACUGCUCGGGUUCCUGCCCGUUCCCACUUGGAGAGAGCCUAAGAGCCACCAACCACGCCACGGUGCAGUCCAUCGUCAACGCGCUAAAAUUGUCCCGAGAGGUGGAGACGCCCUGCUGCGUGCCCGACAAACUGCAGUCCAUCAGCCUGUUGUAUUUUGACGACGAGGAGAAUGUGGUUCUGAAACAGUACGACGACAUGGUAGCACUCAGCUGCGGUUGUCAUUAA